UCCCGCCCGGCCGCUAGGUGGCUCUGAGUGUCCACACAUGUUUUGGUUUCGCGAAGACAGUUCAAGGAGAGACCGAGACAAGUGAAUGAUAACACCCUUUUUUGAGGAUGAGUGGAGAGAGAGAGGACAUCCUGCUCCAGGUGAAUCAUGUGCGUUACAAGAAGAACAACGGACAGCUCUACCUGUCCCAAACACGUGUGGGAUGGAUGAUGGAGGAGUCUGACACGUUCACUGUCAGCGUAAUGUACAAUGACAUCAGAACGCAAAAAAUAUCUCCGGAGGGGAAGCCAAAAGUCCAGCUGCAAAUUGUCCUCCAUGACAUUUCGUCCCACACAUUCCAGUUUUGCAAUCCAGAGGGGCGGGAUAAGCAAGUCGUCGAGAGAAACCUAGUUAAGGAGCGUCUUAGUCAGCUUAUGAACCAGAAUAAACGACAGCCCCCUGAUGAAUUGAUGCAGAAGAAACGCAUGUUGGAUGAGAACGAACAACUCCAGCAGCUUUACAGAGCACUUGUCCCUACAUCUAUCAUAUCAGUGGAUGAGUUUUGGAAGGAGAUUGCAAGCCAGUACAAACAAACUAUGGGACCACAGCAAGACGUCGGAGUGUCCGGAGCAUUUUUGGCUGACAUAAAACCUCAAACCGAUGGGAAUAAUGGAAAAGUCCAAUACAAUUUAACCCCAGAGAUCAUGGCUGCUGUGUUCAAGACAUAUCCAACGGUCAAAAAGAAACAUUCUGAUUAUGUCCCUCACAGAAUGUCUGAAUCUGAGUUUUGGACCCGAUUCUUCCAGUCCCACUAUUACAGUGUUCACACCACUAGUCGCAGUGAAAAUGUGUUUUCUGAAUGUGCAAAAUCUGACGAUAAAGAAUGGAACAGAGAUGUGAACUCCAUACAAAAUGACCCACUGUAUGAUUUGAAUGACAUUUACGAUGGAGAGAGAGUCCACUCUAUUGAAGGCGAUCUGAAAGUUGCUGGAGUUAAAGCAGGGAGCAAUAUAAUUCAUGCUACCAUGAUCAAAAGAUUUAACCAGCACAGUCUCAACAUUCUUAAAGCACAAAAUUAUUCCGAAAAAGAGAAAAUAAUGGACGAGAUAGUGGCAAAAAAUCCUAAUGGUAUCCCAAAUGGUGAUGCAAAUCAGGAACCAGAUCUUCAUUUACACAAGAGUAAAAAGGUUAGAAUAGAAGAGAAAUUAGCAUAUGAAGACUUGGAAAAUAAAAGCAACGCGGAGAUUACCUCGCUCAUCAUUCACCAGAAAGACCGAUACCUCACAGGGCCCACUGAGGACACGACAACACAUGGUUUACCACCUCGGCAGGUAUCAGCUCUGCAGGAUCAGUUAAGAAUAGCGGUUGAUAACUGGAACCCAAACUUGCACCUGAGCCAAGAUUCCGAUUCAGCAUACAAGGCUCUGCAGUCCUUCAGCGAGAAGAGUCGGAAGAGUCGAAGCAGCGGAGGCAUUCACGGGGAUCACUUACCGGGAAAUUUACACAAGGAGCUCACUCAAGUGUAUAGCAGUGCUGGGGAACUGUUGCGUCACUUCUGGUCGUGCUUCCCCCCAAGAACGCCCCAACUGCAAGAAAAACUACACAAAAUGCAUGAAACUCUUUGCCGAUACCAUGCUGUCACCAUAAGACCAUUCCAUGAAAUGGCAGUAAAUGAUUAUAACUGCAACUCAACCAUCUUGGACCACCUGAUAGGCAUGUUCAACAUUGCCAAUACAAAGUUUGAAAAUUGGAAGGCUCGGAACACCAGGUGAAAGGCGUAGCAGUUCGUAGGAAAAGUGUUAGAACUUUAUAUAUAUUUAAAAGUAAUAAGAAUUUUUACCAAAUUAAGAGCAAAAACAAGUGACCUCUACCUCACUAGUUGACAUCUGCGACAAGCUGCAAUGAAUACAGAUUGAAGUUGUGUAGUUAUUUCUGAGAUGUUUCUGUGAAAUGACGUUGGAUGCUGAAGAAGUCUGAUGUUACUGCCAAUGGACAUGCACUGGCUGGAGAUGAUUGCCAAUGAAACUGCACCUUGUUACUUUUUUUCUAUAAAUACAUAAUUAUUAUCCUGGU